AUGACGGAGGUCGCCGACGAAUUCUCGAUCCCAGCCUACUUAUACUUCACAUCCGACGCCAGCUUCCUCUCCUUCACGAUGUUCAUGCAACGCCUGACCGACGAACACCACGUCGAUAUAACGGAAUUUAGAGAUUCCAACGAAAAGCUCCCCGUCCCGGGAUUUUUCAACUUAGUCCCGGCGACGGUCAUGCCCUCCAUCCUGCUCGACAAAGACGGCGGCUCCGCCAUCGUCAUGUCGUCGGCGCGGCUGAUUCGGAAAACCAGAGGGAUCUUCAUCAACACUUUUCAAGAGCUCGAGCCGAACAUAAUUCUUUCCACCGACGAUCAAUUGCCGCCGGUCUACGCCGUGGGGCCUCUCCUCAGCUUCCAAACCCUGGUGGAAUCCGAAUUCUCCGACGUGAUUGAAUUUCUUGAUCAGCAACCGCGAAAAUCAGUAGGGUUCCUCUGCUUCGGCAGCCUGGGGAGUUUCACAUAG